AUGGCGAAGAAAUCUAAGAAGCAAGCCAGAGCCGGCGAUUGGGAUGAAGACUCCCAGGACGAGCUGUUGCAACAGGAAGUCAUUGGGGAAGUCAGUGGAGAUGCUGAAGGUGCUGCUGAAGGCGCUGAAGGUUCCGUUGAAGGUGCUGUUGAAGGUGCUGAGGCCGCCACUGCUGAUGACGAGUUCCCAGAAGAUGACUUCCUUUCGUCCAUCCGUUCUUCAAAGAAUAAGAAGAAGGCCAAGGAAGAUGAAGAAAAGAAGAGUAAGAACGAUGGAGGAGCCCCAAAGAUUCUCUCCAAGAAGGAAAAGGAAAAGUUGAAGAAGGAAAAGGAAAAGGAAUUGAAGAAGGAACAGGCGGCCAAGAAGAAGGCCCAACAGGCGGCCAAGAAGGAGGAGAUCAAGAACGCCAACAAGGAGAACGCCAAGAAUGCCAGUAAGAGUGCCAGUGGCACUCCUGAGGUGGAAGCUAGUGGGGAUGCCCCAGCUGCUACUCCAGCCGCCGCCGCUAAGAAGCCUGCUAAGAAGGUCCCAGCUGGUCUUGCAGCCUUGAGAAAGCAAUUGGAGUUGAAGAAACAACUCGAGGACGAGCAAAAGCGUCUUGAAGAGGAAGAAGAGGCCAAGUUGGCCGCCGAGGAGAAGCUUGAGGCCGAACAAGAAGCCGCUAAGGAGGCUGCCCGUGCCGCCAAGAGAGAAAAGGAAAGACUCAAGAAGGAGCAGCUCAAGGCCGAGGGGAAGCUUUUGACCAAGAAGCAAAAGGAAGAGAAGAAGUUGCAAGACAGAAGAAGAGAACAACUUCUUCAAGGGAAUGUUGUAGUUGCCGGGUUACAGAGAGACAACAACAACAACUCUGCCUCUGAAAAGCCUAAGAAGGUUGUGUACGGCAAGAAGAAGUCUACCAAGCCUAAGACUUUUGUUCAACGUGGCCAACAAGAGAAGAAGGAAGAGAAGAAGGUUGACCAGGACGAUGACGAGGAAGCCUUAGCUGACGAUUGGGAAGCUUUGGCUGACGAACCAGUUGCUGACGACUGGGCUGCCUUGGCUGAAGAUAGCGAAGAAGAAGCCGCUGAAGAAGAAGAAGACGUCUCUGAAGAAGACUCUGAAAGAGUCGCUGAAGAAAAGAGAGUUGCUGAAGAAAAGGCUGCUGCUGCUGAAAAGAAGAGAGUUGCUGAAGAGAAGGCCGCUGCUGAAAAGAAGAAGGCUGCUGAAGAAAAGGCUGCUGCUGAAAAGAAGAAGGCCCUUGCCAAGACCUCUGCAUCCGGCUCCUCUGCUCCUUCCAGCGAAGGAGGUGACCUCCGUUCUCCUAUCUGUUGUAUUCUUGGUCACGUCGAUACCGGUAAGACCAAGCUUCUUGACAAGGUGCGUCAAACCAACGUGCAAGGAGGAGAAGCCGGUGGGAUCACCCAACAGAUUGGUGCCACAUACUUCCCUGUGGAUGCCAUCAAACAAAAGACCGCCGUCAUGGCGCAAUACGAAAAGCAAUCGUUUGAAGUCCCUGGGCUUCUUAUCAUCGAUACUCCAGGGCACGAGUCUUUCACCAACUUGCGUUCCAGAGGGUCGUCGCUUUGUAACAUUGCCAUUCUUGUCAUUGACAUCAUGCACGGGCUUGAACAACAAACCAUCGAGUCCAUCCGUUUGUUGAGAGACAGAAAGGCUCCAUUCGUGGUGGCGCUCAACAAGAUCGAUAGACUCUACGACUGGAAGGAGAUCCCUAACAACUCCUUCAGAGACUCGUUUGCCCGUCAAACCAAGUCUGUCCAGGCCGAGUUCCAGAACCGUUAUGACCAGAUCAAGGUUGCUCUUGCCGAGCAAGGGUUGAACUCUGAGUUGUACUACCAGAACAAGAACAUCUCCAAGUAUGUGUCCAUUGUCCCUACGUCUGCCGUGACCGGUGAAGGUGUGCCCGAUUUGUUGUGGCUCUUGUUGGAAUUGACCCAAAAGAGAAUGUCCAAGCAAUUGAUGUACUUGUCAAAGGUUGAGGCCACCAUCUUGGAAGUCAAGGUUGUCGAAGGGUUCGGUUACACCAUCGAUGUGGUGUUGUCCAACGGUAUCUUGCGCGAGGGAGACCGGGUGGUGCUCUGUGGGUUGAACGGACCCAUCGCCACCAACAUCCGUGCUCUCUUGACACCACCACCAUCGAGAGAAUUGCGGAUCAAGUCUGAAUACGUCCAUCACAAGGAGGUCAAGGCCGCCUUGGGGGUUAAGAUUGCUGCCAACGACUUGGAAAAGGCCGUUGCUGGGUCUCGUUUGAUUGUUGUUGGAGAAGAUGACGACGAAGAAGAGAUCAUGGAAGAGGUCAUGGACGAUUUGACCGGGUUGCUUGACCUGGUGGACACUUCCGGUAAGGGUGUGGUCGUGCAGGCCUCCACCUUGGGGUCCUUGGAAGCUCUUUUGGACUUCUUGAAAGACAUGAAGAUCCCAGUGAUGUCCAUUGGAUUGGGUCCUGUGUUCAAGCGUGACGUGAUGAAGGCCACCACCAUGCUUGAAAAGGCCCCAGAGCUUGCGGUCAUGUUGUGUUUCGAUGUUAAGGUCGACAAGGAAGCCGAACAAUAUGCCGAGGAACAGAAGAUCAAGAUCUUCAACGCCGACAUCAUCUAUCAUCUCUUUGACGCGUUCACCGCCUACCAGGCCAAGCUCAUGGAGGUGCGUCGUCGUGACUUUAUGGAGUACGCCAUCUUGCCAUGUGUUUUGAAGACCAUCCAGAUCAUCAACAAGAGAAACCCAAUGAUCAUUGGUGUGGAUGUCAUCGAGGGGGCUGUCCGUAUCGGAACCCCAAUCUGUGCCGUUCGUACGGACCCUGCCACCAAGCAGCCAAACAUCAUGGUUCUCGGUAAGGUUGUUUCAUUGGAAGUCAACCACAAGUCACUGGACAUCGUCAAGAAGGGCCAAACCUCCGCCGGUGUGGCCAUGAGAUUGGACAACCCUUCGGCUGCCCAACCCGUUUGGGGCCGUCAUGUCGACGAGUCCGACAACUUGUACUCCUUGAUCACCAGACGUUCCAUCGACACGUUGAAGGACCCUGCGUUCAGAGACACUGUCAGCAGAGACGACUGGGUGUUGCUCAAGAAGUUGAAGCCGGUGUUUGACAUCAAAUAG